UAACAGCCACAGCAGGUCCAGGAGACCAAGACAGAACAUUGAGCUCAAGAGAAACCUGAGAGCAGCUUGAGAAGAUGAUUAAAGGAUUGCUGUCAGUGCUCGUGGUCCUGGUGGCUGUGACUUCUGUCCUGGGGAAGCCAGAGAAGACCACCACCUCCAACAAGCCAGAGCAGAAGAAGGAGAAAAGAGUUCCUCAGACUCUCUCCAGAGGAUGGGGUGAUCAGCUGAUCUGGGCUCAAACGUAUGAGGAGGCACUCUUCUGGUCACGCUCAAAGAACAAGCCUCUCAUGGUCAUUUUCCACCUGGAAGACUGCCCACACAGCCAGGCUCUGAAGAAGGCUUUUGCUGAGGACAAAGAAAUCCAGCAGCUAGCUGACGAGGACUUCAUUCUCCUGAACCUGGUGUACGAAACCACAGACAAACACCUGUCACCAGAUGGCCAGUAUGUUCCCAGAAUCAUCUUUGUUGAUCCUUCCAUGACCGUUCGGGCCGAUAUCACUGGCCGUUACGCCAACCGCAUGUAUGCCUAUGAGCCAAGUGACAUAAAACUCUUGUUGAGCAACAUGCAGAGAGCCAAGAAGUUCCUGAAGACAGAGUUGUGAAAAACUCCAUCAGGGCCGUGAGCCAAGACUGGAUGCUCUCCUCGAUGACAGUUAAUGUCUGUUAUUCUGUUUACUCAUGUAAAGAAACGCACUGUAAAUCUCUGAACUCACUUUUGGACAUAUUCUUUUUGAGACCCUGUUACUCUUGACCUUUAAAGACUAGCUUUACGUCUAAUGUACAGCAUCAGUAAUGCAUUGCUUUUUGAAUAAAUUAAAGAAACUGCGCUGAACUCA